CGCAACACAUGUAUACAUACAACUCACCAAUUUCCAUCAACUCUGUAGCUCUGCAUCAACACAUUCAAAGCUUGCUCAUCUAUUUCGCGAAUCGAUCAAUCAUUCUUCCAGAACUUCUUGAUAAUUUUUCAUUCCAUUCCAUUCAAGUGCACACAACCUCAGAGUCAUGUUCCUCUACAAAAUAUUCUAUUAAUGGCUGCAAACUCUGUCAAUUAUGUGAUGACAAGGUAAUAGAAGAUUAAAAGGUCAUGGUAACAAAAGAGAAAACCAUUGGAGUAGCUCUGUUCUUUUCAUUCCUCCUGUUCCCUUUUGUAUCUCCGGACACAAAAGAUGGAUUUGUCAGGAUUGGACUAAAAAAGAUAAAAUAUGAUCAAAACAAUCGUGUUGCUUCACAGCUUUAUUCCAAGGAUUCAGAGUCUUUAAAGAAGGCUUCCAUUAACAAGUAUCAUUUCAGCGAUACACUGGGAAGUUCGGAGGAUACUGAUAUUGUGGCAUUAAAGAACUACAUGGAUGCUCAGUACUUUGGUGAUAUUGUCAUUGGUACUCCCCCUCAAAAAUUCACUGUGAUUUUUGACACCGGCAGUUCUAAUCUUUGGGUGCCAUCAGCAAAGUGUCACUUAUCGGUUGCAUGUUUCUUUCAUGCAAAGUACAAGGCAAGCCAAUCAAGUACCUACAGGAAAAAUGGAACAUCUGCUGCUAUUCAGUAUGGUUCUGGAGCUAUAUCUGGUUUUUUCAGUCAAGACAAUGUCAAAGUUGGUGAUCUACUUGUUAAAAAGCAGGAUUUCAUUGAAGCAACCAAGGAACCCGGUGUCACAUUUGUGGCAGCAAAGUUUGAUGGUAUUUUAGGGCUUGGAUUUCAAGGAAUUUCUGUUGGAUAUGCAGUGCCUGUUUGGUAUAACAUGGUGAAACAAGGUCUAGUGAAGGAGCCGGUCUUUUCAUUUUGGCUAAACCGAAACCCACAGGCGGAUGAAGGGGGGGAGAUUGUGUUUGGUGGGGUUGAUCCAAAUCAUUACAAGGGAAAACACACGUAUGUCCCAGUGACACAUAAAGGCUACUGGCAGUUUGAUAUGGGUGAUGUUCUCAUUGAUGGGAAAGAAACUGGAUACUGUGGAAAAGGGUGCUCCGCUAUUGCUGAUUCUGGAACUUCUUUACUAACAGGUCCAACGACUGUGAUCACAAUGAUUAAUCAUGCCAUUGGAGCAUCUGGUGUUGUUAGCAUGGAAUGCAAGGCUGUGGUUGAACAAUAUGGGCCAACAAUUAUGGAUAUGCUUUCGUCAGGGGUACAACCUAAGAAGACAUGCUCCCAAAUCGGCCUUUGCACCUUUGAUGGAACUCAUGGUGUUAGCACACGCAUAAAGAGUGUUGUAGACGAGAGCAGCCGCAUAUCAUCUGGACUUGGGGAUGCUAUGUGCUCCACUUGUGAAAUGACCGUGUCGUGGAUGCAGCAUCAGCUAAUGCAAAACCAGACCCGAGAUCUUAUUUUAACUUAUGUCAAUGAGUUGUGUGAUCGUUUACCUAGCCCAACUGGGCAAUCCGGUGUUGACUGUGGAAUGAUUUCCUCAAUGCCUAAUGUCUCCUUCACUAUUGGUGGCAAAGUUUUCACACUUCCUGCUGAGCAGUACAUACUCAAGGUGGGUGAGGGACAAGGUGCGCAGUGCAUCAGUGGGUUUACCGCUAUGGAUAUUCCUCCACCUCGAGGGCCUCUAUGGAUCUUAGGAGACAUCUUUAUGGGCUACUAUCAUACCGUAUUUGAUCAUGGAAAUGCAAGAGUUGGAUUUGCAAGAGCAGCAUAGAUCGACAUAUCAAUGCAGACACGCAGCCCCUAGCUAUCCUAUUAGUAACUUCUUAUUUUCGGGUCUCUCUUUGUUUUAAGUACAUCAGCAAUGCAAAAGGCUGUCUGCAAAUUAUGGGUAUGAACCUUUAAACAUGACAUGUAUAUAUGACAAUAUCUCACUUCAUCUUCA